AAGGAACAAUGGAGGAAUCAGAUGAGGACGUAGCUGUUAUUGGGAUUGGAUGCAAUUUCCCUGGAGGUGAAGGGUUGGACAACUUCUGGAGGGUUCUUUUGGAGGGAAAGAACUGUGUUGUAGAUAUUCCAGCAGAGAGAUUUGACACCACGUUUUGGUACAAUGCUGAUGAUAGCAAACCUGGAAAGACACAGACAAGCAAAGCAGCUCUUAUAGAAGGGUUGAAUGAAUUUGAUCACAAAUUUUUUGGCAUUACUGAAGCAGAGGCUGAUUUCAUGGACCCCCAGCAGAAACUCCUUCUGCAGUGUACAUACAGGGCAUUAGAAGAUGCGGGAAUGGCGAUGGAAAGCAUAAGUGGAGGCAGAACUGGAGUUUACAUAGGUCUGAUGAACAGGGAUUAUGAGAUACUACGCAGUAACAGUCCCACCACGAUAACCCACUACAAUGGCACUGGGACGGCCAUGAGUGUGGCCGCCAAUAGAAUAUCCUUCACAUUUAAUCUUACUGGCCCUUCAUUUGCUGUUGACAGUGCCUGUUCUUCAUCUUUGGUGGCUCUACAUUUAGCCUGCCAGGCUAUAAAGCAAGGAGACUGUGAGAUGGCUCUAUGUGGAGGUGUGAGCUGUAUAAUAGAGCCAAGAAUGUUUGUUGCCCUCAGCAAGGCAAAGAUGAUCUCACCUGAAGGGACCAGCAAACCUUUCUCAAGCAGAGCAGAUGGUUAUGGCAGAGGGGAGGGCUGCGGGGUCGUUCUCCUGAAGCCUCUGAAAAAUGCCAUAAAAGACUGCAACAAAAUAUGGGGUAUCAUCAGCAAAACGGCGGUCAACCAAGAUGGUCAUUCAGUCGCUCCAAUAACCAAACCAUCCAUGACUCAACAACAGGAGCUGUUGCAAAGAAUCUACUCGAAGUCUGACCUUGCAAAUGUCCAGUACAUAGAGGCACAUGGGACUGGAACCCCAGUUGGAGAUCCAACAGAGGCAGGAAGCAUCUCAAAUGUCAUCGCUAAAACCAAACCUCGUGGUUCAAAGACACUGCGGAUUGGCUCUGUAAAGGGCAACAUUGGACAUACAGAAUCUGCAGCUGGAGUGGCCGGACUCAUUAAGGUUCUUCUGAUGAUGAAGCAUGAGACCAUUGUUCCCUCAGUUUUCUACUCAGAGGACAGUGCAAGCAUUGAUGCAAAAGCUCUGAGUAUAAGUAUCCCCAUUAAGGCUGAAAGUUGGGAGACAAAUGGGUCAUUAGGAAGAGUAGCGGGGAUAAACAGCUUUGGCUUUGGAGGCACAAAUGCACAUGCGAUUGUAAGAGAGUCCAGACAGGCCACAGUUCCGACACAGAUCCCAAAAGCUUGUCCAAAACUCUUUGUAAUAUCUGCAGCCUCUGAGAAAUCACUUAUCCUGUCCAUUACUGACACCCAGCAGAAGCUUUGCAGCAAUCAAACAGUUGAUAUACAGGCACUGUCAUACACGUCAGCAUGUGGAAGGAAUCAUUCUCGGCACAAAUUUAGGAAGGCCUUCCUAACAUCUUCCCUUUCAGAUCUAGAAUAUCAGCUGACUUCUGCAUUAAAAACAAACGUUGAGUCUAUAAAGUCUGACAUCCAGGUGGUGUUUGUGUUUUGUGGAAAUGGGGUUGCGUACAAGGGUAUGUGCAAGCAGCUCCUGAGGGAGGUUCCUGUCUUCAGAGAUAAGGUCAGAGAAGUUGAGAAUCUUUUCCAGAGUCAUAAAAGCAUCAGCAUCAGUCAGUGGCUUGAUGGUAAAUAUGAUAAUGGUGAUUUUAGCAAGCCCAGUGUUGUCCAGCCACUUCUCUUUGCAAUACAGGUUGGCAUUGCCGCUCUCCUAAAGCACUGGGGUGUCAAACCAGAUGCCGUGCUUGGACAUUCUGUUGGUGAGGUUGCUGCUGCUCACUGUUCUGGUUUCUUGUCUCUUGAGGAUGCCGUGAAAGUGUUGUACCACCGCAGUGUUCUUCAGAGUAAAGUCACAGGAGGCAAAAUGCUUGUUGUUGGUAAUGUGGCCAUAGAAGAGGUAUUAAAAAUCCUUCCAGAGUUUUCUGGAAAAAUUUGUGUUGCAGCAUUCAACAGCCCCCAGUCCUGCACUCUGUCAGGGGAUGCAGAUGCUGUAGACAUGCUCCAUCAGCGGCUGAAGAUUGUGUUUACAGAGAAGAAUCUCUUCCUCCAUGAGUUAGAUGUGCCUGCAGCAUACCAUAGCCAUAUGAUGGAUCCUAUACUAGAUGACAUUGAGAAAAGUAUCUGUCACUUGGAUGCCAAGAACACAGAGUGCAAACUUUUUUCUACAGUGACCGGAGAGAGUUAUUCAGAUGGUGACUUCAGAACAGGCACGUACUGGGCAAGGAACAUACGAGAGUCUGUCUUAUUUGAACAAACACUGCGUGCUGCCACCAAAGACAAAGGAUCAAGAACAAAUGUGGUCUUUGUGGAAAUUGGACCUCGUAGGGCUUUCCAAAGGAACAUACAUGAAACUUUGGGAAAUAACACUAUAGUUCUUUCCUCUGCCCAGCCAGAAAAAGAUUAUGACACAAUCUUGUCCACCUUGGCAAAACUAUUUGAACUGGGCAUCAGUGUGGACUGGCAUCAACUCUACAGGGGGUGUGAGACAUUACCCACAGCUCUGCCAGUCUAUCAGUUUGACAACACAAAGAAAGAAUUGAAUUUUGAAGCUGUUAGAAGAGGUUAUGAAUCAUUUCCUUUUUCUCCACAAACACUCAUAUCCCAAAUAAAGCAGGAUAACAAAGAGUGCAUGUAUAACCUCUCAUUAGAGUCUGCACCAUAUCUUUGGGAGCAUAAGAAUAAUGGUGUUCCCAUUGUGCCAGGUGCGUUCUAUGUUGAACUAGCUUAUGCCUCACUGAUGGCAAGUUUAAGGCCAAAGAAACCUGUUUCUCUGCUCCAGCUCAGUGUAAGAUUUGACAGUCUGCUUAUACUAAGCUCAGACUGUCAUCAGUUAAAAGUGACACUGGAGCAUGCAGAGAAUGAGGCUUCAUUUAAAAUACAGUCCCCUGUUGCAACACAUGCCUCCGGCACAUACAGGUGCACAGAUGGCCAACCACUGUUAGACAAACCAACCAUUUGUCUUGACAUGAUCUCCCAAAGGUGCAAAUUGGUUAUGAAGAGAAAAGACAUUUACUCAAUUCUUUCUCAAGCAGGAUUUGAAUAUGGCUCUGUCUUCAAACAGCUUGAUGAUGUGCACUUUGGAGAUGAAUUCAAGGAAGUCGUGACAGCAAUCAAAGUCCCUUGUGAACUUCUAGAACACCUUCAUGACUAUUUCAUUCACCCUGUUUUAUUGGACUACUUCUUGCAAAUGACCGCUGUGGUAGCUAUCAGACGGUUAACAGCCAAGCAGGGAUUCCCUUUAGGUAUUGGUAGUGUAGCUGUAUCAGGACCACUACAAGAGGAAAUGGUCAUGUAUUUAAGAGCCACUCAAGAGACUCCAGACUUCCUCGAUGUAUGUGGUUGCUUCUCUACCACAGAGGGUCAUGUACUGGUGGAACUUAAGGGGGUGAGGAUCUCAUUUUUGGGCCAUUGCUCAAGUGUUCUUCAGUCUUGGUUCUUCCACAAUGAAAUAACUGCAAUUCCUGAGAAGACAGACUGGCAAAAUUGCAAAAUAAAAGCAAUAGUUUUUGAAGACAAACUUGGGAUUGCUAAAGGACUUAGGCCGUUCAUGCACCCAGAGUCAACACUUGUGGAGAGCAGAGAGCAAUGGACGGCAGAAGAAGUUCGAAAGGUAGUGUUGGAAUCACUCAACACCAUGGUUGAUUUGGAAAAUGUUCUCUUCAUCUGGGGUGUAAAGGACCUCAGCCUCUUGCCAUCUGAGAAGAUGCUGGACUACUUGGUGGCUUGCUGUGAGGUGUUUCGCCAAAUUGUUUUAGCCUUGAAAGAGAGCAAAUGCUCUUGCACUGUCCGCGUCAUAACUUACAGAUCGACAGAAGCAACAGUGGAUCAUAUCAAUCCUGGUUUUGUGUUGUCUGGUAUGACAAGGGCUUGUGCAGUGGAGAUGGCGGAUCUCUCUUUUCAGCUGAUUGACCUUGCGUCUGUGACCAGUGAAGACAUUCAAACGCUGGUUCAUACGAUAAACACCUGCAAACAACAAGAGGUCAUGAUCAACAAAGGGCAAGCAUCAACAGCAAGAAUAGCACGGACUCCCAUGUGGGAAGGGGCUUUAUGUGACGGUGACAUGCACUCAGUAAAUGUGUGCGACUUUGUUCUGCAGACAACUGAUCCAUAUAGAAUGACUCGUGUGUCUGCCAUCCCCUACGACACAAAUGCAAAUCCUGUCCAAGAGAAGUCUGUUGAGAUUCAGCUAACCAAUGUAUGCGCUCAUUCAUCCGAUUACUUUCCCGUCACCACUUCACAUUUGAACUACGGCAAGACAAUGUAUUGGAACAAGCAUACAUCACAGAAUCACAAGCUUCUUGCUUUAGAUUUUAGUGGCAUUGUCACAGCUGUUGGGAAAGACGUUUGUACUCUAGGAGUGGGAGAUCAUAUUGCAUCGUGUUAUCCAGUUGCUGCAACUGCAAAGAUCAUAAUUCCUGAAGCCGUGUGCUACAGCACAAAGAGACUCCCGUUUCUGAAAGAGACUCCAUGUGUGUCGUACUUCAUACUGGCAUGGGAUAUCCUGCAGAGAAUUCUGUCUAAUGUAAAACAACAGCAAAGGAAGCUAAUCAUCAUCUCCUCCAACUCAGCCUCUGCUCUGAUGAAAAUUUUGGCUCUGACAGCAAACAGGUCAGGUUGGAGUGUUUCCUCUCUGCCACAUCUCAGAGGAGAAUCUAUGCAUUAUGAUCAGAGUCAUGCAUUUGUUUUCCUGCCCCCGUUUGAUCACUCCUGGCAGGGGAUGCAUUACAGUGGUGGUCAUGAGAGACACAUUAUUUUUGUAUGUAGCAGUAACAAGUCCUCUUCACUCCCAGAAAACAUGUUUGCACUGAAGACUGAACACAUCCAUGUGCAUAACCUUGAUGUGGCUAAUAUUCUCCAGAGAGCCAAUCUGCUAGUACAAAAUAGGGAUAUCUCUAAUUGGCUGGUGUCAUUGGGCUUUGAUACAGAGUCUCUACCUUUGAAAAAGGAGACUUUUCAGUGGUCAAGCACAAAGGAGCCUCAGACUGAUGCAGAUGCUGAGUCCUACUUCACAACAAAGACGGUGCAGCAAGUUGUUCUAGAUAACAGAGAGUCUGGUUGUCCAUUGUCUGAUAUCCCUUUGCUAACAAGGCCUGGACAACUCUUUAAACAAAGCUGUGUUUAUAUUGUAACAGGAGGACUCUCUGGUUUGGGACUAGAGACUGUAAAGCUCAUUGCCUGUAAUGAUGGCGGUUGUAUUGCCACAUUGUCCAGAAGUACUCUGACUGAUGAAAUGAAGUCUGAAAUGGAACUCCUAGAGAGAAGAUACAGGGUGGCAAUCAUGAACAUCCAAUGUGACGCUUCUGUGUUGACACAGGUUGUGGAUGCAAUCUCAAAAAUUGAAGAAAAAUUCUCCUCUUGUCCAAUCAAAGGAGUGUUUCACAGCGCUGCAGUAUUACAUGACGCUUUGAUCGAAAACCUUGAAGAGCCCCUCUUCCGAAAGGUGCUACAGCCCAAAGUGAGUGGUGCUCUAAACCUUCACUAUGCAACACUUCACAACAAACUGGAUUUCUUUGUGUGCUACUCCUCCAUCUCUUCAUUCAUUGGCAAUGCCUCACAAUGUAACUACGCAGCAGCUAAUUCUUUCCUGGACACAUUCUGUCAUUAUCGGCGAAACCUUGGGCUUGCUGGACAGUCCAUCAACUGGGGCCCUCUGAACCUCGGCCUCUUGUUGAACAAAGACCAUUUCCAGAAGUUCCUGGAGGCAAAGGGGAUGAUGGUAAUGGAUGUUUGUGACAUUCACGAGGCACUUGAAAAGUGUCUUGUGAUGAACAGACCACAACAAGUCAUAUGCAAGUUCAACUUUAAAAAUCUUCAUGUUCAUGUACUUUCACAAAAUACAUCUCUCAGAGAGCGGCUGUCAGCUUUAGUGGAAAUGGAGCUUGAAAAUGAUCUAGGUAAUGAACCCAGGGUUCAACCUUUGUCUUCCACACAUGACAGUGUGAGAACAAUUGUCAGUGAGAUCAGCAACGUUAGUGUAGAUGAGCUAGAUGAUGACUCAGCUCUGUGUGAACUUGGUAUUGACUCCAUGUUGGCCAUGACUCUGCAGAACAAAAUUUUCCAAGAGACAGGCGUGAAUGUACCUUUGGUUAGAAUACUGGACCCCAACAGUACUCUGGCCACUUUGACAGCUACAGUAAUGAAUAAUGGCUAAUUUCAA